AUGUCAUCUCCAUCAUCAUCAUCAUCUUCUUCUUCCUCAUCAUCAACAUCAUCCAAAAGCAAGAGUAACAUGAUCAAGAAGUACAAAGGAGUGAGAAUGAGAAGUUGGGGUUCAUGGGUUUCAGAGAUCAGAGCUCCUAAUCAAAAGACAAGGAUCUGGCUCGGUUCUUACUCAACUGCUGAAGCUGCAGCUCGAGCCUACGAUGCAGCGCUUCUCUGUCUCAAAGGAUCAUCAGCUAGUAAUCUCAACUUCCCAGAGAUCUCAUAUUCUCUCUACAAUACCAUCAAUGGUGAUAGCAGCAAUGUUAACAUGUCUCCUAAGUCCAUUCAAAGAGUAGCUGCUGCAGCAGCAAACACAGAUCCUUCUUCUUCCUCAGUCUCUACUUCAUCACCAUUACUUUCUUCAUCUCCAUCUGAAGAUCUCUACGAUGUUGUCUCUAUGUCUCAGUACGACCAACAAGUAGUCUCUUUCUCUGAAUCAUCAUGGUACGAUUGUUUUGAUGGUGAUGAUCAGUUCAUGUUCAUGAAUGGAGUUUCCACGCCGUUCUUGACCACGUCACUUGCUGAUGAUUUCCUUGAGGAAGGAGAUAUCAGAUUAUGGAAUUUCUGUUAA